AUGGCUGCGGUAAAGGCGGUGAACUCCAAGGCUGAGGUGGCGCGGGCCCAGGCGGCCUUGGCUGUCAAUAUAUGCGCCUCCCGAGGGCUGCAGGAUGUGCUGCGGACCAAUUUGGGCCCUAAGGGCACCUUGAAAAUGCUUGUUUCUGGUGCAGGUGACAUCAAACUCACCAAAGAUGGCAAUGUACUGCUCCAUGAAAUGCAAAUUCAACACCCAACAGCUUCCUUGAUAGCAAAAGUAGCAACAGCUCAGGAUGACAUCACAGGAGAUGGUACUACUUCAAAUGUUCUAAUUAUUGGAGAGUUACUAAAACAAGCUGAUCUUUACAUUUCUGAGGGUCUGCACCCUAGUAUAAUAGCAGAAGGAUUUGAAGCUGCAAAGAUAAAAGCACUUGAAAUUUUGGAGGAAGUUAAAAUAAAAAAGGAGAUGAAAAGAGAAAUCCUCUUAGAUGUGGCUAGAACAUCUCUACGAACUAAAGUUCAUGCUGAACUGGCUGAUGUGUUAAUGGAGGCUGUGGUGGAUUCUGUUUUGGCUGUUAGAAGACCGGGUUACCCAAUCGAUCUCUUCAUGGUAGAAAUCAUGGCGAUGAAGCAUAAAUCAGAAACAGAUACAAAGUUGAUCAGAGGAUUAGUUUUGGAUCAUGGUGCCCGUCAUCCAAAUAUGAAGAAGCGAGUAGAAAAUGCAUUUAUCCUUAUUUGCAAUGUAUCACUGGAAUACGAGAAAACAGAGGUGAACUCUGGUUUCUUUUAUAAGACUGCAGAAGAAAAAGAGAAAUUGGUAAAAGCUGAAAGAAAAUUUAUUGAAGAUAGAGUACAAAAAAUAAUAGACCUCAAAGACAAUGUUUGUGCUCAGUCCAAUAAAGGAUUUGUUGUCAUUAAUCAAAAGGGAAUUGAUCCAUUUUCCUUAGAUGCUCUUGCAAAACAUGGAAUAAUAGCUCUUCGCAGAGCAAAAAGAAGAAAUAUGGAAAGACUCUCUCUUGCUUGUGGUGGAUUGGCUGUGAAUUCUCUUGAAGAUCUCACUGUAGAUUGCUUGGGACAUGCUGGUCUUGUAUAUGAGUAUAUGUUAGGUGAAGAAAAAUUCACUUUUAUCGAGGACUGUGUUAACCCUCGCUCUGUCACCUUGUUGGUUAGAGGACCAAAUAAGCAUACUCUCACACAAAUCAAGGAUGCCAUAAGAGAUGGACUUCGUGCCAUCAAAAAUGCCAUUGAAGAUGGUUGUGUGGUUCCAGGGGCUGGUGCUGUUGAAGUGGCAAUAGCUGAAGCUCUUGUUAAGUACAAGCACAGUCUAAAAGGAAGAGCUCGUCUUGGAGUCCAGGCUUUUGCUGAUGCCUUACUCAUUAUUCCCAAGGUUCUUGCUCAGAAUUCUGGUUAUGACCUACAGGAAACACUAGUAAAAGUUCAAGCUGAGCAUUCAGAAUCAAAGCAACUUGUUGGCAUAGAUUUGAAUACAGGUGAGCCAAUGGUAGCCGCAGAUGCAGGAAUUUGGGAUAAUUAUUGUGUGAAAAAACAACUUCUUCACUCUUGCACUGUGAUUGCCACCAACAUUCUCCUGGUUGAUGAAAUUAUGCGAGCUGGGAUGUCUUCUCUCAGAGGGUGA